AUGUGGAAAAGUUCAGCUUUAUCUCCUGUUUCUGAUUAAGAAAUGUCUAAACAGGCGACGUGCUGCUUUACCGAUUGAUAAAUCUCAUCAUGCAGUUGCGUCUUGUGUCCUGUAGAUGGUCUACACAGAAAACCCUUCCUGUGAAGCAAGGCUGGUCGUUCUCCUGAAUAGGAAAGUAAAACGAAACCUAGUUCAGUCACGUCUACUCGCACAACUAUCUGCACUAUGUGCUCUUCAUUUAAAACUGUGUAUGACAUUUCUCUAAGACCAUCAACAAUGACCUCAAAGUCUUGGAACUCUCCAACUUUCUCUACAAGAUUAUUGUUGCUUUGUGUAAUUGUUGCAGCUGUUUCAAUAGGACUUCAGUGGACAAGUGUCAUCUCAAGCAACAAAAAUAGCAUCUUUAAACAACAAAAACAGGAUUUGGAUGAUACAGGCGAGCCGCUCCGGAUUCUUUUGGUUGGAAAAACAGGCAACGGAAAAAGCACAACAGGCAACACUAUCCUGGGACAGAAGGUUUUUAAAUCAGAGAUAUCAUCUUCCUCUGUGACUGGACAAUGUGAAAAAUUUAAUGCAAUUAUAAACAGCAGAAAUGUAUCCGUCAUUGACUCUCCAGGUCUGUUUGACACCAGCCUAAGUGAAGAUGAGGUGGUCAACAGAAUUAAACUCUGUAUCCCUCUUUCUGCUCCUGGUCCACACGUCUUCUUAGUUGUGAUUCAGCUCGGCAGAUUCACUGAUGAAGAAGCAGAAGCUGUAAGAAUCAUUCAAGCCGUUUUUGGUGAGGAAUCCUCCAAUUACAUCAUGACAUUGUUCACUCAUGGAGAUCGACUGGAGGGCAAAAACAUUCACACGUUUGUGCGUAACAGCCCCAAACUGCUGAGUUUCAUUAAAACUUGCAGUGGACGAUACCAUGUGUUCAAUAAUAAAGCACAAAACCCUGAACAGGUCAAUCAGUUGCUCGACCAGAUUGAUAAAAUGGUCACUGGGAAUGGUGGUCAAUACUACACCAGUGAGAUGCUUGAAAGGGCUGAGAGAGCGAUUGAGAAAGAGAAACAACGUCUCCUGAAGGAGAAUGAGGAGCAGAGACAGAGAGAGAUAGAAGCUCUGAGGACUCAACUUGAAGAUGAGGCCUAUGACAAAGCAUUAAAAAAGUUAAACAAUAAUAAAUGACCAGCUGGCAAGAUACCAAGCUCAGAAUGAUCCAGACUUGAAAAUUCUUAUUUUGUCCAAGUCACAAUAAAAGCACAUCUAGAAACAGAUUUUUUUUGCCUUUGUUUAAACCAAGGUAUAGUUAGCUUUUGACUUAAAGGUACUAUAUAAUUUCUGUCUACAACUGCUGUAUUAUAGAGUAUAUGAAAAUGUACAUGUGUAGAUUAUGUACUUUUCUCUAACAUUCUUAGAACUUAUCAUCAUUCUUUAGAACUUAUCAUGUUGAUCUAUGACUUAAUUUUUUAAUGUAUACAUUUAACGAGAGAUUAGAAUUUAAAAUACAUUGUACUUUUAAAAAAGCUGUCACUGGGGCGCUGCCCUUUCAGUGGGCACUAAUAUGUAAUAUUUAGGUACUAAUAUGUUUUAAUAACUUUAUGUAUUAAUAUGGACCUUUAAGGUGUUAAUUUGAACCAUUUAGAGGUAAAGAAAGUACAAAAGUGUACCAUUUUUAAAGGUAGCUACUGUACCACCCCAUUGACUGGUUUUGUACCUUUUCUCUCUCUCUCUCUUUGAAAGUGUGUAAUAUAGUUCAUUUUAAUGCUCGGUGAAACAUCCAAGUGGAGUUCUUGAUUCUUUUAGUUGGAGGGAUGGGAAAAAAUUCAACUUUUCUCUAUGACUGGACAAUUUAAAUAAUACAGUGCAGCCGGUCUCAUGAAAAUGCGUAUCAAGAGUAUGCCAAAUAAAAACAAAAACUUGUGGUAUUGAUACACAUUUUGUACUUUGCUGUGCAUAUAAUAAACAGUUUUUGUGUGCAUAUGAUAAGAAAUUUGUUGACGUGAAUACGAUAUGCAGUUUUCACAUACAUACUGUAUGUUUCGCUUAAACCCCACAACCCUAAUCCUACCCAUUGCGUGGCAUAUACACAUGCCAAAGUUGAUUUUUGCAUAUCAAUACCAUGAGUCCAAACUAUUUUUGGUGAGGAAUCCUCCAUAUACACCAUGGCACUGCUCAGUCAUCGUGGAGAUCAACUGCAGGACAAAACAGUU